AUCCCAUUCACAACCAGGCGGGGAGUGAGUCCCAUUCACAAGCGGCGCUGGACGAGAUUCUCCGACUGGGAAAAGAUGAAUUUGUCCUACCGUAGAUUUGCGCAGAGCAAGGAGGAAUCGCUGGGAAGGGCCGCGCUCGGUCAGGGCCUCCAGAAGAUGUCCGCUGGCAGCGGGCAGGUCCGACACGGGGCUGGGAGCGGGUGCAAGGGCCAGGGACGGGGGAUGAACCAGGAGUGUUCCCGACCCCCGCACAACGCUGCGAGUGAGAGGAGGGAGAGUUUUACCAGGGAUCCACGGCUGGCAAGAGGAUGCGAUGUGGCCCAGAGCCAUGUGGGGCACAGAGGUCGCGCUGAUGAGAGGGUCUCCCCUCCCACAGAGAUACCCGUCACAUCCAGCCUGAGACCCCCCCAGAGCGGGCAGGACGACAGCGCGCUCAACCCCACCCCCCCUCCGCACCCGCAGCCAGUGUGCAGUCUGUGGGCUGUGGUGUUGGGGAAGGUUGGAGCCGGCUGCAGGGAGGGGGUGAAGGCUGCGAGAGUGUGCAAGGUUGCAGCAGCAGCAGCAGCAGGAGCAGAGAGGUUGGUUUGCCAUCCCCGGCGGAGGACCGUGUCUGCCCGCUGGAGGACCGCGCCCGCCGCCCCCAUCUUGCCCCGCCGUGCGGCUCGUUGGCGCCCGGCACCCUUUGCGGGAGAUGACAGUUGGGGCCUGUGCGGGAGCGGGACGAGGCUUCAGCCUGAGGCGGCGGCGGCCGGUGCCCGGCUCCCGGAGCCACUGUAUGGCCACGGGGGCGAUGAGAGGAGGCGCGGCGGGCACUGA